AUGGCAACAUCUGAAAGACUCAGACUUGUGGGCAGCAGACCCUUCUCCACGAACAACAAACCUACCACUGAACCGAACAAGAAUGGAGAAAGGACCGAUGGGUCUUUGACUCACCAUGACUUGUAUCGAGACCUGGAUAAACUUGAUUUCAUGACUGCUGCCAACAUUCUCUUCACCACUCCUCCUAAACCGAAGAAAUUCGGGUAUUUUGGUUUGCUCUUUUACUUCUAUAUGAUUGUUGGCCAAUUAGAGAAAAGACGAGUUGAAGAAGCCAAGAAAACAAAGGCAGCCGAAGGGGAAGCACUAGAGUCUAAUCCACAAUUAGUGGAGGUGAAAGAGAGACUCGAUAGCUUGGAAAAGUCUGUUAAGGAAAUCAUGAUAGAAUCCAAAACCCAACGAAACAUAAAAGUUUCAKUUCAACAUGAAGGUGACAGAAAACGACAUGCAAGCAUCCCUGUGGGUGAAAAACGCCAAAAUAAACAAGAAACAUAUGAUGCACAAGGAGGCUCAGCUUGUGAUGAGAAGUAA